GGGCAUAUAUGAGCUACUUUUAUAACGAGGGGUAUAUCAGCUCCAAAUGACAAAGUUGAGGGGUAUAUCAGACCCUUUUCCCUUGUUUUUAAUUUGGAGAAUAUUUGAAAAACAAUGUUGGAACUAGGAUGUUUUGUGAAUUUUAUCUCAUUGUGAUCUCCGGUCACGGGUUCAAGUCGUGGAAACAACCUCUUGCAGAAAUGUGGGGUAAGGUCGCGUACAAUAAGCCCUUGUGGUUCAGCCUUUUCCUGUACCCCGCGCAUAGCGGGAACUUAGUGUACUGGCCCUUUAGAUUUAUCUCAUUCUGAUUAGAGAAAUGUCUAGACUUCCAAGUUUUUCUUUUGGUUUAAUCAUAUGGUAUUUCAAAUUUGUUGGUCUGAGUUACUUUGUAUACGUGUUGGGUAAGUUAAUUAAAGGGGGUAAAACGCUCUCCGUUAAGAAGUUCUUUAUUCCUAGGUCCGAACUUGAAACCUCUCAUUAAGGGGAGUUUUCAUUACUGGUGACAAUUGGCUCCUUCAGUACAAUACAAAUAUAGAAGUGAAGAAGUCGAGAAAAUAUGUGUAAAUAUGUUAUAAAAGGGAAUUUCAUCAUUUGUAAUUUAUAUUUCUAAUUAUGUUUUCGACUCAUACAAGUUGUUGUCGGUUGUUAUUGUUGUUUUACUCGUUAUAGGGAACGGAUUUCAAGGGCAACAAAGGCUCCUAGAAGAUAUUUUCUUUCUAUUAUUGUUUUACUCGUUAUAGAGAGCGGAAUUCAAGGGAAACAAAGGCCCUUAGAUAGGACUUCAUCUAUGAAUAGAAGGGAUUUUCUUUCUAUUAUUGUUUUACUCGUUAUAGAGAGCGGAAUUCAAGGGAUACAAAGGCCCUUAAAUAGGACUUCAUCUAUGGCUGGAAGUGAUUUUCUUUCUAUCAUUGUUUUACUCGUUAUUGAGAGCGGAAUUCAAGGGAAACAAAGGCCCUUAGAUAGGACUUCAUCUAUGGCUGGAAGUGAUUUUCUUUCUAUCAUUGUUUUACUCGUUAUUGAGAGCGGAAUUCAAGGGAAACAAAGGCCCUUAGAUGGGACUUCAUCUAUGGCUAGAAGAGAUUUCCUUUCUAUUUUUGUUUUACUCGUUAUAGCGAACGGAAUUUAAGGGAAACAAAGGACCUUAGAUAGUCAUAGGACUUCAUCUAUGAAUAGAAGAGAUUUUCUUUCUAAUAGAACUCAUCACUAAAGUUGCUAACUAAUUCAAAAUUUCGAGUGCUCAUAGAAUCACCUUGAACUAUCAUGAACUCGUAUGGAAAAAAAUACUCAAGAGAAGAAUAUUACAUGAGAUGUGAACAUAUCACUCCAAAAAGCUCCUUCGAUGAGUUUCAAGAGGCCGUAUACACAGUUUUUUUUUAAUUACUAUCGUAUUUUAUUAGUUUCACAUCUAAACUAUUGAAUGUUAAUAGAAAAGUCCCCCUCCCCUCACCACAAACUAGUAUGAACUCAUUAUGUCAGGUGGCAUAUAGUCAAGUUUGGUUCAAUUUUUUUUUAAAAUUAGAUCUACUAAUAUUUCAAGCCAUUAAUUAGUCAAUGUUUAACCAAUUAAAAGUUAAACUUGUAAUAAAUUCAAUAUGUAAUUAUAUACAGCUAGAAUUAAUUAAAAUGCAAGAUAUAGAGUAUCAAAUCUGGAUGGAGAUACCUUUUAGAGAAAAACAGUAACGGAUCACUACAUGUAUCUAAGGAUUAUGCACUAGUUAAUUUUGUUAAUAAAUUUAUUUAUAUCCAUAUAGAAUGACUCAUUUUAAACUCAAAAUAGAACUCAAUAAACGUGUGAUAAUAAGACAGUUAAUCUACAUCUUACCAUUUUGCAUAAUAAUUAUUAAUAGAGGCAUUUAGUUAAAGCAAAGAUAUGAUAAGCUUGAAAUAUAUUGAUGUAAUUACUAUUUCUAGCAAGUUGAUAUGAUCUUGUAGUAGAACUAUGAGUUGGUUGUUUGAAUUUGUAAAUAUUAAUGCCAUGGAAUCAUUAAUUUUCCAUAUUUGGAGGAUUUUGUAUUUAUAACCUUGUCUAUUUAAAAGAUAAUAUUCUCUUCAUUAUUUCAUCAAUUUAAUUUUAUUUCAAGAAAGUAAACAUUAGUUAGUAUAGAGAGAUUUCGCAAUGAAAAAGCCAUCUUCUUUUGAGGCUUCUAGCAUAUCGCCAACCUCAGAAGAAUCUCAUGAAGUUGUCACAAACACGAAGAAAACAAAAGAAAAAGUUGUGGAAGGCUCGCAAUUGAAGCCAUAUGUUGGUGUAAGUUUUGAUCUCAAAGAUCAUGAUGGUUACGACAACAACAUAAAUACUAAUUGUUCAAAUCAUGAACUCAAUUUUUUUAGUUCUACUCCGGCUCAUGCUAGUGAGUCUUCCAACGAGGCAAAGCCCAAGGAGAGGCGUUCCUCGGAUACUAAGACUUUCUCUUGUAACUUUUGCAAGAGAGAAUUCUCCACUUCCCAAGCCUUAGGGGGACACCAAAAUGCUCAUAAACAAGAGAGGGCAUUGGCUAAAAGGAGAAAUGGUCUUGUUGAUGUCGUUUCACCUUUUGUCCCUCACAAUUAUCAUCCCUACUACAAUCCCUAUUCAAAUUUCAACUCACGCAUACCAUUUCAUGGUUCUUUUGCUUCUCGAUCAUCAUCUCUUGGUGUUCAAGGAGAUUCUCAUGCAAUUCUUAAGCCUACUUCCUGUCAGAAAUGGCCAUUUUUUUCUAGCUACAAUUUUCCAUUUAACCCUGAGAAGUGGUCAUCAAGCUCAUCAUUUUUUAGGACAGAAAAUUACAACAUGGGUAAAAUUGGAACAGGAAGUGCUUCUUUGGAGAAUUCCUCUAAUUUUGAGAACAAAAAAAGUGGAAAGGGUUUGAAUUUAAUGAAUUCACCCAUCGAUGUUGAUAAUCUUGAUGGAAAUAAUUAUACGAAAAUGAAAUUAGGAGAGGAGGAAGAAGAAAAGAAUAAUGAAGAAGAAGAAGAGCUUGAUUUGACUCUAAAGCUUUAGUUUACCUUAUUGCUUUGGCUUAUUUUGUUAUUUCACAAGGUUUAAUUUUAUUUGUGCAAUGUCUUUAUUAGAAAACAUGUGAUAUAUAUGUUAAUUCCCA